CUCGUUGAAGCAGAUAUAAAAUGAUCAUUGAAAGCACACGAAAACUUAAAUCUAUGAACAAGGGGUGUGUUCGUUUAUCGUUGCUCACAACUGCGCAGAAGACCAUGGGGAGCUGCAGACUAUGGACAAGCGCGCUGACGUGCGCUGUGUUGCUGUCCUUCGUCUCAGGUUCUGAAAUUUACGACCUGGACAAUGAACUGGACUUGGAUACAAGAGCACUAAGGGACUUCUAUCCCAAAGACCCAAACUUAACCACCGAAAAACAGCUUCUAGGUGCUCUGCAUGAAGUUUUGGAAAAGCUGCAGACUAAACGAAUCUCACUUUUGGAGAAGAAGUUUGGACGUGUUCCCAUGUGCCACGUUGGUGCGCAAUGUGCCCUCAGAAAAGGAGCUAGGAUUGGCAAAAUGUGCGAUUGUCCACGCGGAACAUUCUGUAAUUUCUUUUUGUUGAAGUGCUUGUAAUUACGAAUAUUGCCUGAAAUCGCUUAGGCUCAAUAAAACAUAUUGAUACGG